ACAGUAAUAAUGUCUUUGUUAGAGCGUGUCAUGCUUUGUAGAAACACUGUAAAAGCAAGACAUCAAAACUUUACUUCAGAUCAAAGUGCUUCUGUGCCGAGAUUAACGCUGUCUCGCGGUCUCCCUAAAAUCGCUUCACGGACCCCUAAGCGACCGCGGACCCCAGUUUGAAAACGAAUGGUGUAAAAGGACUAGGGAUAGCUGAAUACAUACUUCAGUAUGGGGGCCCGCUGCUCAGUACAGUGCUCUGCACGGGAGGCGGACAGCUCAACUACAGGACUACGGUACUUUCUAGCGCAACGCUUCAAGAGGGCAGUAGGGUACCUGUAUGUCGUAGUGGUGUAAAUUCCGAUCUUUAAAGGGCUCCAGUGGCAUGGAAACACACAAAUUUAUGUGCACAAGUGACAUACAGACAUAUUUUGAAAUCAAUUUAUAACAAAAAUGUAUCAUCUAAUUUCAUAUCAUUUUCGGUACUGUUUCUCUUAUUUUUCAGGCAUGAAUCGCGAUAAUGACUAAACGUAGGCGCCAUAAGAUGGAAAUAAAGGACAUAGUGUCCAUAAAGGAAGCAGAUAAUGAUAAAAUUUUAAGUAUUUUGGAUAAAUAUGCUUCAGAAUUUUUAGGUGAAACACAGCCUAAAGAAACACAACCCAAUACCCCCACUAUUCUAACCACGGUGAUGACGAAAGAGGAAAAUGAUAAUAAAUUAAAAAAGGAAGUUGAAAUUGUCAUAUUUAAAAGUAGAAAAACUAAAAAUGAAGAACCGGAAAUAAAAAAAGCAUCACCAACUAUUGUUGGUACAGACUCGAAGUUCAAUAUUCCAAAGUGUAAAUAUACAAAUGAAAGACUAAAUUCUUCAGAAGUUUUAGAAAAAUUAAAAUUCAGCGUUGGCUCGUUUGGAAUGAAGGCAUUUUCGAAAGAAGAACAGAGAGAACAUGAAAGAAAAAGAGCAAUAAAACUUGGAGCAAAACCGACGAAACGGAAAUAUGUUAAUUAUAAAAUUCUCAUGGAAGAACAAAAAAGAUUGAAACAAGAUACAAGUUCUGGCAAUAAUAUAUUGUCGAACAAUAGAACCGAAUAUAAAGAAAAGCCGAGUGGCAUGCCGAAAUUCUGGAAACAAGGCGAUAAAAGUUUAAAUCCACAAAUUGGAAAAUAUAAGGAUGGAGUUUUAAAACUUUCAUCAAAAGAUAUUAAAUCUGUAAACAGGCGCCGAUAAAAAAUUCCUCUUAUUUUGAUAUUUUCGGCUGACUCAAUGCAUUACACAUUAAACCUAUUCUUCCAUAUGGAUCAUGAAAGCUAUUUCCAGUAGGACACAGUCUCCUGAUGCCAAGAUCUGUCGAUAUUUGGUUCAAUAAAACUAACACUCUAUUUGUCUUAGUAACGAGGGUGUCUGGCACGGCAGUAGAUUGCGUCAUGCUUGUCCCGAUAAUAAAUUAACGUGCGUCUGCCGUCAUAUGACCAAAAUUUUCCUGUUGACGUUUUUUUGCUAAAAACUCUUGAAUCCUGCAGUAAAAAUUUUUUUCUCCAGUGAAUCGUAUUAUUUUUUGGGAAUCCAACGGUGACAUUUUCAGAUUGCGUAUUUUUUUAGUUUAUUGCGCAGUGCCGGUUCUGCUGAUGUGGAGGCCCAGACUGUCUCGUAAAGGAGCGGUUUGCAUUCACUGUUUUCUAAUGUGGGGGCGUUCUUGAAAUUGGAGAACUGUACCGUACUGCAUUUCUAUUGAUUUUUUUGCAAGUUUGAGGAAUGUGUAGUUGAUCAGUAAACUAACAUAUAAUUAUACUCAUUUACAAGUGUAGUAUAAAAAAAUGAAUCAACGUGGAACGAUAAAUGUUAUUCCAAUGAUUUUCAUUUGUAUUGGUUUCAUACAAAAACACUGUAUAUUAUCAUGUUUAACUUUGGACCAAAUGAGUUGAACUCGCAUCUAUUUGUUGUAAUGUCAAUAAAUUUUCAGAUUUUCAAUUUUCAUGAUUUCCUUCGAAGUAUAGAAAAAGGAAAUAAAUUAAUGCAUGGAACGAGACGGCAAGUUUUGUGAAUGGUUAUUUCACAAUUUUACAGUAUAUCAAUAAUAUUGAAAUUGAAUAUUCAUUCAUUUUGAUGGAAACUUCGCCCAACAAAAUGAUAUCAUCGAUUUGAGACCUGUUGCCGAAUAUAACAAUUUCAUGCGAAUGUUAAAAACAUUGUUUGGCAUAUUAAAAAAAAAUGCAUUGUAAUACUGUUGAAUUUGGUACGUCAUUGAUGUAUGUAUUACAUGUUUGAUUUACUAUCCAUAUGUGGCCUAGACUUAAUUGAAUAAACGAACUGUUACUUUAAUAUUUACA